UGAAUAUGUGGCCUUGAUUGCUUAUUACCACACUAUGUUCCUCUUCUGGUAUUCGUUAAUCAAUCGUGGCGUUGCUCAGUGUUUACUUUGUGUUCCACAAAUCACAUACAAAGAUUUGUGGUGUUCCAUAUCGAUAAGGGAAAUCAAUCACUGAGUCGAUAUCUGUUAUCUUAUCGCGUCCUUGCAUUGAUAUGACAGUUUGAAUUUGUAUUUUUCACUCGACAAACUCGUAAGUAUAUCAUUAUCCUCCGACCUUUAAUCGUUAAAACGUUCACAAACGUUAACUGUCUGUCAUAACCUGACAGGGAGAAUUUACCUACUACCACCUUACUACCUAGAUAAGUUUGUUAAUAAUGGAAGUACCAACCGCAUUAGAAGAAUUAUUUAAGUAUAUAUAUCGACAAAAACACAUCUAGAUACAUAGAAACUCUUCGAGAAGCAGUGGCUAUUCGUUCGGUAUCUUCAUUGGAAGAAUGUCGCGAGGAAACUUGCAAGAUGGUAAAUUGGACGGCGGGUCAUUUACGCAAGCUUGGAGUUGAAGUUUGCCUAAAAGAGAUUGGAACGCAGGUAUUUCCAAGUGGGAACGAAGUGAAAUUUCCACCUGUGCUGUUAGGUACCUUAGGAAAUGAUCCAAAGAAAAAAACUAUUUGCAUAUAUGGACAUUUGGAUGUUCAACCUGCUUUAAAAGAUGAUGGGUGGAACACUGAACCAUUUGAGAUGGCAGAAUGUGACGGCAGAUUGUACGGAAGAGGCGCGGCCGAUGAUAAAGGUCCAGUUUUGGCAUGUAUUCAAGCUAUAGAAGCGUUUCAAGCAGUUCACGUUGAGUUACCGGUGAAUAUUAAAAUUUUGUUCGAAGCUAUGGAGGAAUGCGGAAGUCUUGGGUUGGAGGGUUUAGUCACAAGCGAAAAAGACUCAUUUUUUAAAGACGUCGAUUAUAUUUGUAUUUGCGAUGGUUCCUGGCUCGGUAAAGACACCCCAUGUAUUGUAUACGGUUUGAGAGGUUGCUGCUUCUUUCGACUGACAGUUGAAUGCGCUUCCCAAGAUCUGCACAGUGGAGUACACGGCGGCAUGGUACACGAAGCCAUGGCGGACUUGACUUACUUAUUAAGUAGUCUAACUGACAAAGAUGGUAGACUAUUGAUAACCGAUAUUUAUAACAGUGUCCCUCCUUUGCAUGCAGGUGAACAAGACAUAUAUACCAACAUUGAUUUUGAUACUUCCGUAUACGGUAACGAUAUUGGCGCAGUAAAGCUGCUCCGGCAAGAUAAAGCGGAUCUUUUACUGAACGGUUGGCGUUAUCCCUCUUUGUCCAUUCAUGGAAUAGAAGGCGCCCACGGGGAAUUCGGUUUGAAAUGCGUUAUACCUGGAAAAGUAACUGGAAAAUUUUCAAUACGAAUUGUUGAAAAUCAAUCACCGGAAGAAGUUAAAAAGUUAGUCACCGAUUACCUCACAAAGAAAUGGCAAGAGCGGGGAAGUGCUACUAGAAUUAUGGUGACGAUGACGGCCUCGGCAUUGCCGUGGCACGAAGAUCCACACCAUCCGCAUUAUUUAGCCACACAAAAGGCAACUAAGUAUAUAUAUAAAAAAGACGGAGACUUAAUUCGCGCUGGUGGAACAAUGCCGAUUAUAACAACGUUAAAGAAAAUUACGGGUAAAAAUAUAAUCAAUGUAGCAUUGAGCGCAGGAGAUGAUAACAUACAUGCUCAAAAUGAAAAGAUAGAUAAGAACAACUACAUUAGUGGGACUAAAUUCAUGGCGGCUUAUUUAUAUGAAGUCUCACGUAUAGAAAAAUAAUGCAGCACUGUGGAAUUGUUAAAUAAAAUUACAUUUACACAAAAUGCCUGUGUACAGUAUUGAGUUAUAAUAUUAAUAUAAAUAUAGGUACCUAU